AUGCAGAAUUAUGCCAGUGCCAAGUUGAACAAGACUGCAAUUGAAGGGACAAUUUUUGAAUUCUUUGUCUACGUUCCAAGGCGUCAAGCGGCUCAAGUGCAGCGACUAAGAAGAGCCACUACCCCUGCAAUUCAACGGGAGAGGGAACGGCUUCGCCAGCAUGCAGCAGCAAACAAUCUACAAAUUGGACCAAUUGCUGAACAACAUUUGGCAACAUUCAAUGCAAGGGCCCCCAAAGGCACAGAGCUUGCGAUUCCGACUGAUGCAACAACCUGCUAA